CCGCCCCCGGCGGGCAGCGGAAGAGGCGCGGCCAAGGCGGCAGCGACCUCCGUGCGGCGGGAUGGCGGCGGCAGCGCCGCGUUCCGGGGGUUGGCGGCGGCCUGAGGCCGUCCUGCUGCGGCUGCUGGCCGUGCUGCUGCUGGCGGGCGCGGCGUGCGCCGGGCAGCGCUCUAAAUGGCGGCUUCCAGUGCUCAUGGGGAAGAAGUUUAACUUUGGGAAGAUUCUCUUCAGCAACACCACCAUUUUCCUGAGAUUUGAAGGGGAUGAAAAAGCUUGUGAUCCCUCCCAAAGUUACAACGUUACUUGGUACUUAAGAUAUUCUGACUGCUACAAUGAAGUCUUCAACUUUGGGGAUGAACAGGCAGAGUACUAUUUUGGGGCUACAUCUGAAGAGCAUCCGGGUUGGUCAGGAUACUAUGCCAUGGCUUCUCUCCUCUUUCCAAAUUGCUCUGAGCUCUUCAAGCCUCAGAUUUUCUAUAAAGAAUUUGUUCAUCCAGAGCCUCUCUCACCCGAGAAACAAGAGGGCUCAAAAGAUAAGAAGGAGAGUGGAGGAAAUCACACCAUGGUGGCAGAUAAAACUGCAAUGAAUGCUGUUAUCAAAACGUGGCGAGAUGGGCCGUAUAUAUUUAUUGUGCAUAUUGGAGUUACAACUGUGAAGGAUCCUACUACCAGAGUUAAAAGAACGGUGAAAAUGCCACCUUCCUCGUACCAAAGCAAGCCCUUUACAAUGACAGUAGAACUGAAGGGGCCGUAUGAGUAUCUCUCACUUGCAGACUAUCCUCUGAUGAUUUUUUUCAUGGUGAUGUGUAUUGUGUACGUGUUCUUCGGGGUUCUAUGGCUUGCCUGGUCAGCCUGUUACUGGCGGGAUCUCCUGAGGAUCCAGUUCUGGAUUGGCGCAGUUAUCUUCCUGGGAAUGCUCGAGAAAGCAGUUUUCUAUGCAGAGUUCCAGAAUAUCCGCUACACAGGGGAAUCCGUUCAAGGAGCAGUAAUACUGGCAGAACUGCUUUCUGCUGUGAAGCGCUCAUUGGCUCGAACUCUGGUGAUCAUAGUCAGCUUGGGAUAUGGGAUAGUCAAGCCUCGCCUCGGAGUUACUCUUCACAAAGUAGUUAUGGCUGGAGCCCUUUAUCUAUUAUUUUCUGGCAUGGAAGGUGUUCUUAGAGUCACAGGGUUUUUCUAUGACACUGUGGCUCUGAUAGCAAACUUGGCCCUGUCCAUGAUUGAUGCCUGUAUUAUUUUGUGGAUAUUCAUCAGCUUAACUCAAACAAUGAAACUGCUAAAACUUCGAAGGAAUGUUGUGAAACUCUCUUUGUAUCGGCACUUCACCAACACACUUAUCUUGGCAGUAGCAGCAUCUAUUGUAUUUAUCAUCUGGACCACCAUGAAGUUCAGGCUGGUGGACUGUCAGUCGGACUGGCAGGAGCUAUGGGUGGAUGAUGCCAUCUGGCGUUUAUUGUUUUCAAUGAUCCUUUUUGUCAUCAUGAUUCUAUGGAGACCAUCUGCUAACAACCAAAGGUUUGCUUUCUCACCACUGUCUGAAGAGGAGGAUGAUGAUGAGCAGAAAGAGCCAAUGUUAAAGGAAAGCUUUGAGGGAAUGAAAAUGAGAAGUACGAAGCAAGAACCAAAUGGAAAUGUAAAAGCAAACAAAGCUCAGGAGGAUGACCUGAAGUGGGUAGAGGAGAAUGUUCCUUCGUCAGUGACAGACGUUGCUCUUCCAGCUCUUCUGGAUUCAGAUGAGGAAAGAAUGAUUACACACUUUGAAAGGUCCAAAAUGGAAUGAAGGAGUAGCUUUUGGCUAUUGGAAGUGGAGACGCCUCUUUUAAAAUUGCUUGGUGGAGCAAGUGCAUCCUGCUGGUUCGUUUCUUGAUCUCAGCCUUGGAAGUUUGAUGCUUUAUUGUCAUGAGGGUGUCUUGCCGUGGAAGAAGUUCACAAGGACAUUAUAAACCUUUUUGAAAUUUGAAUUUACAAAGUUGCUGCAAGUUUGGAUUUUUAAGCAAUUUAAAUGUGUACUAUUCCAGCACCUUCUGUAACUUUUCAAAUAUUUAAUCUGUGAAACUAAAAUUCCUAAUGUCUGCUUGAGGAGUUUAUAUUUCAAUGUUACAAUUGACGCUUAGAGGUGAACUGCCUGUACCUUUUUGGGGGGAGGAUGGGGACAGAUAGAAAUAAGCACUGAAGAAACAACAGACCCAUUUUCUGGUAGAUAAUGGCUUACUGCUGUUUUAUGUCAUGUGUCCAAUGUGAAUGAGAAGUUUUUAGAGAGAAGCUCCUGUUAAUGAAGAAAAUUAAGAUGCCAGAAAGGAAAUAUUUGGAAAAGUUACAGUGAUAUGAGUUUUUAACAAAAAUCAAGUGCAAUUUUAUUCAUAACACUGUGUAAGAAAGAUUUUUCUAUUUUAAAUGCCAUUGACAUAUAGGUAACAGCUGCACAGAGCUAACACUUGCUGUUUGUGGCACAUCUCAUUGCCGGCAAUGUGGUGGAUGCCUGGAAAAAUGAUUUGCCCCUACCUUCCAUGAUUUAAUUUAAAAAAAACAAACACACACCACCACCAAAACUAAACAUCACCAAACCCACUCCUGCAGUGCUCCACAAGUGCUUGACUGUUCAUGUUAAGCAGAUAUUAAUUAGACGUUUCAGCAGAGCUUUUCUCCCUGCACAUGUAACGUCUCCCACCGAGAAGUCAGCACUCUUCUAUGUGAAGAUGGCAUUGCUUUCUAGAGGGUGCAAGCACUGCUUACCUUACUUGAAAGAGGCUUUUAUGGGAUUCCACAGUGCUGGGAUAGUUCUGUUCCCAGUGUCUGUUUAGAAUGGCCUCCCUUUUAAGUGAUUUGAUGAUGGGCUUUCCUGUCCCUAUUGGUCCCUGUGGCCAAGAAGUACUCUAAGAUCACUGUGUUUCAGUCAAAGUUGCAGAUUUCUAUUCUAUAUAAUUGCUUUUUGUUUCUCCUUUGAAAAAGAGCUUUUGGAUGGUGUUCUGUUUUUAUUCUAUUCUAUGCUUGGCUGUAGAAGCUUCACUUGCAAUAACUUACACAUGGAAACCCUUUGUGGACUGUAUGACAAAAGCUCUAAUUUGGGUUCAUAACCUUUGACUGAUAAUUACCAGGCAAGCCGCAGCACAGCUGGACUUCCAGGGGGCUGAUGUGGCUGCUGCUGGAAUGGCCCAGGGAGUCAGCUUUUCUGGUUCUUCACUCGUAGCGAUGUCAGCAGAAAUGAACAUGUGCCUGUACUUCAUUCAUUCCACUGUAAGGUCCGGUAGCUUAGCUCUAGUUCAUCUUUAUCAGCAAUUUAUGCUGAAACAUGGCACUUUACAGUAGCGGAGGCACAAGUGCAUAGUAUCUUCUGCUAGCUGUGCCGUGGGGGCAGCAAACCCUCUGCGGAUGGGCAGAGAUAAAAAGCUGUGGCUAUAACACCUCAGUCUGCCUCUGCAAGAGUUGCUGGAUCUCUUCUGCCAUCCCCUUUAGGCCACAGAUAGAAUCUUUAAUUAGAAAACACUUCUAAUUUGCUGUGCUUAAUUGAUACAGAAGAAAAAAAAACGUUACCUCCGUGUCCUUUUGGGGAGAGGAAAUUUUGUGAAAUAAAGCUACACAAAACUCGCUAUUUAAUUUUUUUUGUUGUUUUUUUUUUUUAAGUCCUGUUGUUUGGGUUUUUUUGAGACAAAUAGGGAAAAAUGUUCUUUACUGGAAGCACAAAAGAAGUUUGUAUGUACUAUUUAAUAAAAGCUAGGCAAAGAGUAGAAAGGC